AUGGCCAUCUGUAAACAUCUCGCGAUUGAAACCAUACGAAUAUUGCUGGAAAAACAUUACAACGAGACGGACAACAAAAUUAAGAUAAAACACCUUGGCGAUCUCCUGAAACUCUGCUCGAAGACCCUCUUUACCUUCAAUGGAGCCACGCACGAACAUGUUGAAGGUACACCGAUGGGGUCGCCGUUAUCCAGCUUGACUGCUGAGGCAAUGUUACAGCGACUGGAGGCACUGGCUUUCGACAAGUAUCGGCCGCGAUUGUGGGGACGGUAUGUUGAUGAAACAUUUGUCCCCAUCAAUCUGAACAGGAUUGGGAAAUUCACACAGCAUCUGAACUCGAUUUUUCCAGAUAUCCAGUUCACGAUGGAGGACGAAAAAGGUUGACAGUUGUCGUUUCUCAAUAUACCAGUCCAUAGAAAAGGCGAUUGGGGACUUAAAACAACGGUUUACCGGAAGGCGAUGAAUAACUCUCGUAUUCUGAGUUUUCUUAGCAACCACCCCCGUUCGCACAAACGCAGCUGCGUAAGAACACUCUACCGGCGUGUAGAAACCCAUUGCACCGUGCCAGCCGACAAGAGGGCCGAGGUCCAGUUCCUGAGGAAACUCUUCACCAUGAAGGGCUACGUUGGGAAUUUUGUCGAAAAGUGCAGGCGUGAAGCCCGGGGGAAAAAACCGAAGGAGCAGCCGAAACUGAAGCGCUGGCGCUCAGUGUCGUACAUAGCCGGUUUGUCAGAAGAAUUCGCCAGACUGGUGAGCGAAUUUGGGAUCGGCGUCGAGCACAGACCUGAAGCAACAAUCCGCCGGCAACUCAUGCAGCCCAAGGACCCGAUUCCCAUAGGUCAGAAAUCGGGAGUCAUUUACCGGAUAGACUGCAGCUGUGGUCAAACCCAUUAUGCUGGUGGAACACGCAAGCAGGUUCGAAAAGGACUGCACGGGCACGGGUUGGCUGUGAGACGAAAGGACAAACUCUCCUCGGAAGCCGCCCACGCCUCCUCGCCAGAGCAUCACUUUGACUUUGAGUGCACGAGAAUAUUGCAACACGAAGAAGGAGACGCGAUCGCUGGAGCAAGAGCUUUGUUAGCCUGACGUUCCGGAUUCUCACUCAAAUCAGUCAUCAGAGACAGAGGGUGCAAAUUGCCCAGGUGUUGCAGUAUGUAUAGGAUGUAGUUGCUCGGCCGCUACAUGCCUAUCACAGUUGGCAGCUCCCGCGAUGCUCUCAACUCUCAUCUUGUAACUCAGUUGUAGUGUUGGCAGCAAAACCUCGGUGUAUUGAUUGGAUGUUUACGGAGUAUCGUUCAUGAGAAUCCGCGUUGCGCUGGCACCGCCAGACCGAAUGCGUCGCUGCGGUCGUUAGGCUGUUUCCCAACAAUGCAUUAGUGGCCACAUCAGAUGCAUUGGUAAGUCUGGUGGCUACUUUCACCUCGUCCAGCCGAGGUACCUAACUCUCUCGCGACUUCAUGAAGCCACGUAUGGCACAGCGGUCACAAUCUGGUAACCAUCCUUGAGCAAAUGAGGGCUCUUGGUGUGUGUAUUCCCAGAUCCAGUACUACCUUCACAUAUCUCCAUUCUCUUUCCCAACCUCAAACAAAGAGUCCUACGGUGAGGGCGACGAUAACUGCACAGGAAACCUCAGCUAAAGAGACAUGCUCGCUAAAACAUGAGCCCUACUAGCCUGAUUCUCACUGGAAUCCAUCAUCAGAGACAGUCAGAUAAGGGUAGUAAACUGUCCCGGUGUUGCAGUAUUUACAGGAUCUAGUUGCUCGGCCGCUACAUGCCUAUCACAGUUGGCAGCUCCCGAGUGCAUCACGGCUUGACUGGCCAGGUGUUGAAGUAUGCAGUUUCCAUGCCGUUACUACGCAUCAAGAUUAUCGACUUCCACGCUUAUCGCACGCUGCUGGAUUCUGUCAUCCGUUUGGACUCCUGGGUGAUUUGACUAUUGGCUCUGAUGAUGGGUCCAAGCAAGAAUGCGAAAUGCCAGGCCAAGUAAGUCCUUCUUUGACCGAUCGUGUCUCCUUCUUCGUGACUGCAUCCUGGAACGGCAACGGCAGACUCGGUCGAUGGGGACGCAGACGUACCGAAAUGUCACUCGUCCGCCCCGAGGCCGUCAGGCUGAAGUUGCUGAAGUUUCGAGUGAAUCCUAUCCAGUCCCUACCGUAACAUCAAGUACUGACUGUCCUCUACCUAUUCUAGACCUAACCGUUGGCAGCAGACGAUUAGCAUUUCUUGUAGAUACAGAGGCCGCCUGCUCCCUGCUAAACCCUAAGGGGUCCUUGCAUGCCUGGUUUGAACAUGCUAAGAUCUCACACAAGCACCCCCGUAUCAUGGCCGCUAGUGGUACCUCCUUUUCCUUUUUUGUACCUAGUCGACGUACCUUUUUGCCUGGGGUCAUCGGAAUUUCGCCAUCCCCUUUACGUUUGUCUUGAUAUUCAGUCGCAUCGUAUUUUUAGAGCUGAUUUCCCUCAUGCUCAUAAUUUCUGCAUCGAUUCUGCCAUUGGCCAUCUUAAGUCUAAGCCGACCACCUCCCUCUUUUACUUUCCCCACAGCUCUCAGCAUCAGCUAGCCUGUGAUUCAGGCGGUUGCGACCUUCCCGAGCAUUCUAACCUCGUACGCCUGGUCCCUAACUCCCCAAACCUCUCUCUUGGACAGGUGACUGCCGUUCACAUUCUUAUCUGUCAGAAUUCUGCUGCUUUCGCAUGGGAGGGUGAACCUUUAGGUAGAGCGAACGUGUGGCCGCAUGCCAUCUACACGGAGUCGUCUCGCCCAAUUCGUCAAUCACCUCGGCGGGUACCCGUCCAAUUCCAGAAACAAUUGGAGCAGGCAAUCAAGGACAGGCUGGACAAACAGGUCAUAUAG